AUGGGAGGCAGCAAGAGAGAGUUAUACAGUCCAGACCUGACCAUUCACGGCACAUCAGCUCACAGGCUGUCUGCCCACCUCUGCUUCCUCCAGGCUCACAGGAGUUCCAGACCACAUCAAGCCACCAUGAGUUCACUCGGUGAAGCAAUCAUCCACUUUGCAGUCGACCUGUUCCAACAGAUCAGACAAUCAGAGAAGGAAAAUAUCUUCUUUUCCCCUUUGAGUAUCAUGUCAGCCUUAGCCAUGACUUCCUUGGGGGCCCGAGAACACACGGCAUCAGAAAUCCAGAAGGUCCUGCACUUUAAUGAAAUCGCAGAGAACAAAGAAGAAGGAACUACAGUUGAUCCCGUUGAAACGCCAGGAUGUAUUCAUCAUCAAUUUCAAACUCUUCUGACCGAAUUAAAGAAACCCACUGAUGCCUAUGAGCUGAACACAGCCAACAGGCUCUAUGGAGAAAAGACUUUUCUGUUUCUUCAGGCAUACAUGGAUAAUGUUAAGAAAUUUUACCUAGCCAGUGUGGAAUCUGCUGAUUUUGGCAAUGCUGCAGAAGAAAGUCGGAAGAUGAUUAAUUCCUGGGUGGAAAGCCAAACUAAUGAAAAAAUCAAGGAUCUCUUUCCCGAAGGCUCUCUUGGUAGCUUGACCGUUCUGGUUCUGGUGAAUGCAGUCUAUUUCAAAGGGCAGUGGUGCCAGAAAUUUAAGAAAGAAGAUACUGGAGAGGAAAAAUUUUGGCUGAACAAGGAUACAAGCAAAUCUGUGCAGAUGAUGCAACAAACCGAUCAUUUCAAUUUCACGUCACUGGAGGACAUGCAAGUCAAGAUCCUGGAAAUACCGUACAAAGGCCGAGAGCUAAGCAUGGUGCUGCUGCUGCCCAAUGAAGUAGACGGUCUGCAGAAGCUUGAAGAUCAACUCACUGCUGAGAAGUUAAUAGAGUGGACGAGCCCACAGAAUAUGAGCGAGAGACAAGUGGCUUUACACCUACCUCGGUUCAAAGUGGAGGAGAAAUAUGACCUCAAGGCCACGCUGGGAGCCCUGGGGAUGGUGGACGCCUUCAGUGAGGGGAAAGCCGACUUCUCAGGCAUGACCGGGAGUGGAGAUCUGGUGGUGUCGAAAGUCCUCCACAAGUCCUUCGUGGAGGUGAAUGAGGAGGGCACAGAGGCCGCAGCUGCGACUGGAAUAGAAAUAGAUAUAACGUCAUUACCUCCAAUUCCGGACAGUUUCCGUUGUGACCACCCUUUCCUGUUCUUCAUCAAGCACAACAAGACCAACAGCAUCCUCUUCUACGGCAGAAUCUCUUCCCCUUAG